AACUAUUUCAGAAAGUGAUGACAUCACAGGUUUCGGGCUUAUUCCACAAAAGGGCGCCUGUCAUGAAUGAUGCAUUUGACAACAAUAUUUUAUCACCUGCUGGUGAUGCUCAGUGCGCUGUACUGUAAACAGGAAGCUGAAAUAAUUUCACAAAUGUUCGAAAUACCAGACGAUGAUGAUAAUUUCUGGGAGGAUUUACCACUAAAUGAUAUUAGCAAUGAAAAUGUGACCCUAGUCAACAAUUCUGAAUCAGAGUUACAGAAAAAUCAACCAUGUAGCUUUGACCAGAUCAAUUUUAACAAAAAGAGAUGUGUAUCUAACCAUGAUCAGCCCUCAGAAAAUCAAGGGAGACAAUUCCCAAACAAUGAUGUCACUUCUGGACAAGCCGGUCUCGCUUUGGAAAGAGGUCCUGACAGUGGAUGCAGUGAUUCUAGAAACAACUCUUUUCAAGGGAAGCUGAUUGACAGUUUGCGGGGCCCCUGCUUGAGCAUACCACCACAGCCGUCCAGAGUCUUGGUUCCAUUUACUCAGGAGGUAGUACUGUCUAGAGAUCCACUUUUAAACAGUCCACAGACACCGUCCGCGAACACCUCAACAUCUGAUACUGAUGUGAGAAGUGGAUAUUCCACCUCACACAGCAACAAUGGAAGGCUGACAAACAAGAGGAAGAGGAAAUUCCCUGGUCCAGCUGGUCUCCUUCCCAGACUUGGUCAAGGUCACACCUUGGACAGUCCAGACAUAUCGAAAGUUAAAGAUGAUGUGGUCAGCCCGGAACAAGGGAUUGAGAAAACAGACUUGAUCAUGUCAUCCCAGUCUGGUGAGGAGGUGUUCAAUGAACGUCCCUGGCAGACUCUAAUGAGGGACCUACAAGAUGAUGGACAGGACACACUUCAGCGAUUCUCUCUUGCAUCAAGCCUACAGAAGGCCAAGAAAAAGCAGCUUCCAAAAGGAAAGGUUCUGUUUGUGAUGGCUGUAAUUGAGACGCUGGAGUGGCCAGGCAAAGAUGCCAGUGUCACGCUCAAGGAUAAGUCAGGUACUAUUCAGGGGACCAUCCAUGAGAGCCUGAUGAAAGAGUAUGAAUGUGAUCUCCAGCCAGGCAGUGUUCUAGUCCUGAGACAGGUGAGUGUCAUCAGCCCUACAUCACGGAACCACUACCUGAACAUCACCCCAGCCAAUGUAGUUUGUGUCUACUGUAAUAAAUCUGAAGGUCUUAGUCGGCUCCGUUUCGUGGACAAGGAUAAACCACUGCCCACAAUUCUGAAGAACCUAGAGAGGGAAAUGGUAGCUGAACUCACACCUCAGAGGCCCAGGACAAACACUCCCCAGUCAAGGUCCAAUAUAGGGACACCAGACAUCAGAAAUCUACAAUCAAGGUUCAAUACAGGGACACCAAAUAUUGGGACUCCCCAAGUGAGGCUCAAUAUGGGGACACCAGACAUCAGAACUCCACAAUCGAGGCUCAAUAUGGGGACACCAGACAUCAGAACUCCACAGUCUAGGUUUAACACUGGGACACCAAAUAUUGGGACUCCCCCAGUGAGGCUCAAUAUGGGGACACCAGACAUCAGAACUCCACAAUCGAGGCUCAACAUGGGGACACCAGAUUUUAGAAAUCAACAACCAAGAUUCAGUGUAGGUCAUGCAGGAAAGACUAGUGUGGAGCCAUCAAAGUCGUACCAUAUUGGAGAAAGGGUUCCGGGAGUAGGCUUAUCAGGCAUACAGGGGACUCCGGUAUCAAGGACAGGAUCUAGUACUCCUCACAGUAGACCAGGUCAAAGUUCCAGAAACACUGGAGCAAAUGUCAUGGAAGUAGGGGUCACAAGACCACCAUUUGGAUCCUCCACUCCACACACUGGUGCUAACUUUAGCACACCAAGAUUUUCAAUGCCUGAUCCUCAACAAACAAAUAACUCCAGUAUUGUGGAUUCAAUUCAUAUGCCAAGGAAUGGGAGUAUCUCGUACAACAGUGGAUCGAUUACAUCCAAUACUUCUCCGAGUGGAGCAGCACCCAUUAAUAGGACUUAUCAGGGAGGUUCAGCACCUGGAAAUAAGACUCCCCAGGGAGCAGUAAUACCUGGGUGUAGAGGUGUGUCAUUAAAUCAUUCCACACCUGUUGCAGAUAAUCCCUACAGACUUCAACCACAAAACCCAGGACAUCCUACUGCCAUAUCAAAAAGCCCAUCAGACUUUCAAAAAUCAAAAUUUCCUCUGCUGUAUUGUCAAGUACUAAUACACCAAAAUUCCUCAACCAGGAAAAGGCAUCUUCAGAUGGUGUGGGCAGGUUGCUGUCAUCCUCUGUAAAUAGUUCUGUUACUAGUACUGGUCAAUGCACUGUGUCCAGUUCAGACAGUUGUCCUAGCGCGAUGUCCAUCUAUCCUCCACAUAAUGUUAACAGCGGCCCAGUCAGUAGUCAUUUGAUUAACAAUGGAAAGUAUUCUGGUAGGAUGGAUACCACCGGUACAAAUCGAAACAACUCUACAACAUCAGCUGUGAAUACACCAAACAGAAAAGGGUUUAAGUUCAAGUCAACAAAAUCUCUUACCUCCCCUGAUAAUUCACUGGCUUUACCAGUGGGACAAAAAUCAGAUAAUUCACCUCCAGGUGGCAGCACAAUCACAGGAUUAGAUCUAAGUGUACCAGAUUCCUCAAGGAAGUCUAAUAUUGGAGUGGAAAGUCUAUGGCAGGAUGACCUGAGUGAUGACAUCUUGUCCCAGCUCUCCGAGGAACUUGUGUAAAAAUCUCUGUUUCUUGUAUCUGUCAGCUUACUUAGGAGGGACUUGUAUGCCCUCGGUAUUAGUCUUUGAAAGUGAAAUAUGUGAGAUUUUAAAACUUAAUGUGUAUAAAACUUGUAUUGAGGGAAGUGUGAAAGAAAAUUGUUAAAAAUGUUUUGUGUUAGGUUGAACUUAUCAUAGAAACUGGUAUAAGAGUUUUGUGCCGUUUGGAAGGUGUUGGGGGGGGGGGGGGGAGGAUUAGGAUUAGAAAUGUCAUGAGAAACCUGUCAUAGUGUAAAAGCCUGAUUGUUAAUUAGGAGAAAGGUUGGUAUAGGUCUGCACACAAGGACACUUAUCUUUGUAUAUAUAGUUAAAGCUAUGAUCCAAAAUGAAAUACAACUGAUGAAAUGUGCUGAAUGAUCAUGAAGAAAUUAAAUAAUGAUCAUUUCAA